AACAUUUUUUUUUCCUCCCACAAAGCAUUGCGUCCACAAGCUCAGAAAUCAGGAGCGCUACCGGCUCUGAAACCGAUUUCUUUAUUUUAUUUUAUUUUAUUUUAUUUUAAAUACAAGAAAAACAAAUACCGAUGUGGAUAGCAAGGCAAGUAUGGGCCAUCGAAUUGAAGAUGUCAUGAAGCUGUGCUGCGAGUUGUCUGCCAAUCAGCAAAUCAAAACUACGGUGAAGAGCUCUGGAAAGGGAGCAGCAGCAGCUGGGGGUCUGGCCUUUGCAGGGGGGCUGGUUGGGGGUCCUCUUGGUAUUGCAGUGGGCGGAGCUGUUGGAGGCCUUUUGGGAUGUUGGAUGACCAGUGGACAAUUCAAACCUCUGCCUCAGAUCAUCAUGGAGCUGAGUCCUCAGCAGCAGCAGAAGCUUUAUGACGAUCUCAUGGCCAUCCUUGGAGACAUUCAGUGGACAGACAUGGUCCAGCUCACAGCUCUGGUGAUGGGAAACGCCACCCUGAAGCAGCAGCUUACAGCAGCUCUUCUUGGUUAUAUCACCAAGGAACUCCAGGCAGAGGUCCAUUAUGUGGAUUAGUGUGUGUGUGUGUGUGUGGAAACUGAUGUAAAUUACUGGGAUCCUUAUGAUGAACAUGAACUGUUUUAUGAACAUUUGAAAAAAUGUGAAAUUACUUGUAUAAAAAUUGUACAGACACAAUCACAGUCAUGCUAACAGGAGACAAAAGUUAUGAGAGCAGAUUGUGAAUUAAGAGAGCUGUAUGACUGGAAUAAUUUAUUACUGGAAGUGCACUUAUCAGUUGAAGGAAUUAUUUAUUCAGUAUGCUUUUACCAGCACUUAUAAUUAUGUCUGGCUGUGUAUGGUACUUUAAAUUAAUUUCUGCCAAAGUGGUGUAGUUAUGGAAGAUACAGAAGAUAAUGUAGAUCAUCUGCACAGUCUGAAAUAUUUUAAUUAAUGCAAAUGUAUCAACUACUGGGUUUUCAGUUUAAGGGAUUAUUUUGCCAGUAUUAUGUUACAGUAUAUUGGUAUUUAUGAGUGACAAAAAUAAACAUCAGCGUAUGAAGUUUUCAUAUUUAAAGUGUGACAAUACUGACCAGGUAACAUGUUUGCGACAAGAACCUCGACCUUAAUAUUCAUAUAGAUUUUUGGCAGUACAUACUUUGACUCAUUAUAGCAUAGGAGUAAGUCCUUUAACAAUGACUGCAUUACAAGUGCAAGUAUGAAUUACACUGUUUUGGUUCAAUGGCAUAGCUUCCGGAACAAUCGAAUAGAUCCAUCAUUAAUAUUAUUGGAUGACUUGUGUUCCUCCCGCUGUGAUGAGAAAAAAAAUAUAAGCUCUGACAAAGGUCUAUUAAGGGACCUGUGGUUUAAGGCUUUCCCAUUAGUGUCAUACACUGUACAUGUAAUGAGUUUUUUAAGUCUUUUAAACAUCACAGUAAAGCUGGAUGUCUGUGAAAGUUUUCUGUUGUCCAGGUCAUCAUUCAUUCUUAGUUUUUCAACAUCCAAAACCAGUUCAAUGCUGAAAAUAAACUAAGGAUAGUAAAG